GUCCGCCCAGGUGGCGUCUCCCACAGCUGCCCUGUCCUUGGGGCUGGGGCUGGGCCGGGCCCUGACACGUCAGCUCAGGCGUCCUGCUGGGCCCUGCUCCUCAGGGAGCCCCCAGGCCAAUGGCCGGUCUGAACGUGUCCCUCUCCUUCUUCUUCGCCACCUUCGCCCUCUGCCAGGCAGCCAGGAGGCUGUCCAAGGCCCUGCUCUCGGAGGGCACCUACGCCAGCUUCGCCCGGGAGGUGGUGGGCGCCGCCCAGCUGGGGGCCUGCUGCCUGGAGAUGCGGGUGUUGGUGGAGCUGGGCCCCUGGGCGGGGGGCUUCGGCCCCGACCUGCUGCUGACGCUGCUCUUCCUGCUCCUGCUGGUGCAUGGGGCAACCUGUGAUGGGGCAGCGGCCAACCCCACUGUGUCCCUGCAGGAACUGCUCCUGGCCGAGGCCUCUGUGCCCUGCACGCUGCUGGCGCUGGCGGCCCAGGGGCUGGGCAUGCAGGCGGCCCGCGUGCUGACGCGGCGCUACUGGGCCUGGGAGCUCAGCGACCUGCAUGUCCUCCAGAGCCUCAUGGAUGCACACUGCAGCUCAACACUGCGCACAUCCGUGACCCAUGGCACCCUGGUGGAAGGCGCCUGUGCCUUCUUCUUCCACCUGAGCCUCCUCCGCUUCCGGAACACUCUGCCUGUCUAUAGGGUGCCUCUCACGGCCCUGCUGGUCACCUUCAUGGCCUACACAGGGCCUUUCACGUCUGCCUUCUUCAACCCUGCCCUGGCUGCCUCAGUCACCUUCCAGUGCUCGGGGUCUACCCUGCUGGAGUAUGCCCAGGUGUACUGGUUGGGUCCUCUGACAGGGAUGGUGCUGGCGGUCCUACUGCACCAUGGCCGCCUUCCUCGCCUUUUCCAGAGGAACCUGUUGUAUAGUCAGAAGAACAAGUACCGGACUCCUAGAGGGAAGCUGGCCCCGGGGCCGAGAGACACCCCGAUGCCUGCAGGGGGGUGCAGAAGCCGGGAGACCACACGUGAGGCGGGGCGGCAGCUACCAGGCUCUGGUUGAACCAGCAUAGUUGACAGCGGCCCUGGUGGGACCCUGGGGCCCCUCUGAGCUGAGGGGGUCCAGACUCGCACCCCCCGUCUCCCUGGAAACCAUUUGUCAAUAAACCGCUCAUGAAACCUGA